AUGGCGUCUCUCAUUCGUAACUCGCAGACUCAGUCUACACCCAUCCGUUACCGAUCCUCCUGCCUCCCUCAAUCGGCCAAAUCCCACAUGUUGCCCUCCAGAUCUAUCAUACCUGCCUACUGCCAAUGCCAACGGAGCUUCUACACUAGCAAUCGUCUCAAUGCCACCUUCGACAAUCUCGCUCGCCUCUCCCAGUCCCGCGAGACAGGCUACUACUCAAAAGCCACCGGGCGUUCUCGGACGGCGUUCUCCUCGAACCUACAGCUCAUGAAGGCAGAGGCCGAGGCCGUCCCAGAUGCCGUCGGCUUUUCCAAGACGCCUAAGGCCUCUGUAUCCUCCAACAAGUCCACAAUUCCGACACCUCCUCCAGCGUCUACACCUGAGCAGCUAAUCCAGCCUGUCAUCGACGCCCAGAAUGAUGCUAUGGCAGAAGAGACCACGGUGGUGAAAGAGCUCAGAGAAGCCCAUAAGAUGGUCAAACGCCAACAUGAGACCCUAUCAAAGAGUAAUCAGGAGCUGAGAGUUGCCAAUCAGAGGCUUAGGAUUCUCGAGAGGAGAGAAACGGGGAGUUGGUACGAAAGAGCGAGGGCCUUGACAUUUGGGUUGGUAUUUGGCACUCUGGGGUUCGUGGUUGUCGGCAAUGUCUUGAUUCUUAUCGUGGGUGUUCUGCUCAAUAACGAAUUGAGUCAGCGGAUAAGGGUCUUGGAAGACAAGGAGAGGACUGGGCAGGAAGUUGCGGCUGAGGGGAUGGUGGAAUUUGAAGAAGAUGAACUGGCACAGCUGGCGGCACAGCUGGCAGUAGAAGAUGACUUUGAGGAGCUUGGAGUCGCUGGCGAGACUGAAGAGACGCUAUCGCAGGCAGAGCUACCAUCGCCAGGGGAAGAGAGGAAACCGCGGAGUCUACGGUCGAGAUUGUUUUGGGCUACACCAAAGCAGUAA